AUGAACACUGACACCAUUUUCAGCAUCCUUGUGGUGUGCCUGCAAACGUGCCUUCACACAUUGGCUUUUCCGGGACAAGAUGCAUGUUCCGAGUGUGACAUUACGGGAGAUGAUCAGCGCUUUGACUGCCAUCCAGAGAAGUAUGCGAGCCAGGAGGCCUGUAUUGAACGAGGAUGCUGCUGGAGGGAGCAGACAGGUUCCCAAAUGAACGUACCCUCCUGCUACUACCCUUCGUCCUACACCGGAUACGAAGUGGAUGGAAUCCAGAGAGCACCGAGCGGUGUGACCGUACGCCUCCAAAGAAAGGUUCCGUCGGGAAUAGACGCCGACGUUCAGACAGUCUCAGUCGAAGUCGUCUUCCAUGCUCCUGAAGUGGCCAGGGUCACGAUCCAAGAUCCUUUGCAUGCCCGCUUUGUACCUCCUGUCCCGGAGAUCCAACAGGGGAGUUACGCCGAUGACCUCCAAUACGGAGUGGAUGUCACAUGUCAAGGGGACCUCAACAUUUACAGACUGGAUGCUUUGAGAACACCCAUAUUCAGAACCCAGCUAAAUAGGCUUGUCUUCACGGACCAGCUCCUCCAGCUUCCUCUAAUUCUUCCCUCCAAACGGAUGUACGGUUUGGGCGAACAUUACGCCCCGCUAAUGCUGCCCACCAACUGGAGCAGUUAUUACUUUUUUAAUAAUGGACUCGAGCCAGAGCCCAACAAAAACCUGUACGGCACCCAUCCUAUUUACAUUUGCUUGGAAGACGGAGGCACAGCGCACGGCGUCUUUUUACGGAACAGCAACGCUAUGGAGGUGCUGCUUCAGCCGACACCGGCUGCUGUCUUCCGGGCCCUGGGAGGCAUUUUCGAUUUCUUCGUCUUCGUGGGUUCCUCACCCGCUGCCGUUGUGCGCCAAUACAAGAGUGUGGUGGGGAUGCCCGCCAUGCCGCCCUACUGGGCUCUGGGAUUCCACCUGUGCCGCUACAACUAUGGCAGCCUAGAUCGCACCAGGGAAACAAUGCUCAACAAUAUACGAGUGGGCAUUCCGUUGGAUGUACAGUGGAACGAUAUCGACCACAUGGUUCAGCGAAACGGCUUCACCUACGACCACGUGAACUACGCGGGACUCCCACAGUUCGUGGACCAGCUUCACGCUCAAGGUCGACAUUAUGUCUUAAUUUUUGACGCGGCUGUGAGCGGAUCACAACCUCCAGGAACGUACCCACCCUACGACGACGGGAUUGCCAUGGACAUAUUUGUCAGAAAUUCAUCGGGAGACAUCAGCUACACCAAGGUAUGGAACCCGAUAAGCAGCGUGUUUCCAGACUUUUCCCAUCCGAAUGCCACAUCCUACUGGACAAAGCAGUUCCAACUCUUCCACGAUAAAAUCCCAUUCGACGGGGCAUGGCUCGACAUGAACGAACCGUUCGUCUUCGAACGUCUGUACCCCUGCCCCCUGCACUCCAAACUGGAAUAUCCCCCCUACGUACCCAGCAACGAGCCACUGCACAACAUGACUUUGUGUAUGACCGACAAGCAUUACAUUUCAAGCCAUUACAACGUCCACAAUGCGCACACGUACCUCGAAUCAGUGUCCACGUACCACGCCCUGAAGGUGAUACGGCGAAAGCGACCGUUCAUUAUAUCGAGAGCUACCUUCUCCGGCCAGGGGAAGUGGGCGGGGCAUUGGACGGGAGACACAGAUUCCGCCUGGGAAGACAUGAGAGCUACCAUACCAGCCAUGCUAAAUUUCGGCAUCUACGGCAUCCCUCUGGUGGGCGCAGACAUCUGCGGAUUCCACCGGAACACCACCGUGGAGCUGUGUGCUCGCUGGCACGCGCUCGGAUCCUUCUAUCCCUUUGCGAGGAACCACAACGACAAAGACACCAUAGACCAGGACCCGUUCAGCAUGGGGCCGACUGUAAUACAAGCAGCUCGGAAGAAUCUUCUCAAUCGUUAUAGUUUGCUUCCAUAUUUGUACACCCUCUUCUACGGGAGUCGUGCUUUUGGAGACACCGUUGCCAGGGCAAUGUUUUUCGAGUUUCCGCACGACCCGAAAACAUACGAAAUCGAGAGCCAGUUCAUGUGGGGAUCGGCGCUCUUGAUUAUGCCUGCUCUCUACCCGGUGAGUGCCGUUCUACCUAGAGGCCAGAAGUACGUCCGUGCCUACGUCCCAGGCGGCGUCUGGUAUAACCUCUACUCUGGUGCUCCCAUUGACAACGAAGUUGGAAGCCGAGCAAAGCCACUGACUCUGCUUGUUGCACUGGACAAGGGAGGAACCGCCCAGGGGCAAUUAUUCUGGGACGACGGAGAAUCGCUCGAUACUUUGGAGAAGGGCGAGUACUCACUCUUCGAUUUCGUGCUUGCGCAGGGAAGGCUGGAAGUGAUAUACAAACACUCGGGCUACGUAGCGGGCCUCUAUCUUGCCGAGAUCAAUGUAGCGGGUAUCGUAACUGCCCCACUGAAUGUCACUGCAGCGGGAGAGACCGUCGGUUUUAAAUACGAUACUGAUAACAAGCUACUGCGAAUAACGCUACAGUGCGGUACAGAAAUGAACCGUCACUUCGAUGUAUGGUGGUCAUAACUGGAGUUGGGCCAACAUCUUUUACUUAUUUUUUUUAUUUAUUUUUUACCAAGCAACCAACCAUGGAGGAACAUCGUCAUAUCAACUACAUACCUUCCGUAAAGUUACUAAACCUGGAAGUGCCCCUUCUUGUCCUCAUAAGCUGUGCAAAGGUGUAAACGGGUAUACACAAAGUACUACCGCCUCUUAGAAUUAUAAUCAGCCUCGCAAUUCCCCCUAGAAAUUUAGAAAAGACAGACAGCAUCGAAUGAAGCAUCCUAUAUUUGCAUACGAUACUGCCUGUAUGCAUACGCUUUACUUCUAUCAUGGUGUGUCAGCAUAAUGGCUGACACACCACGUGUAAAUCUGAUUAAUAUUUUCGUUAUUAUCAAUUCAAAUAUUAUCAAAUCAAAUCAUUUAUUUCCGUCAACACGCUCAUCCGGACCCCGUACACAGCGCAAGGAUGCAAGUCCAUACCCGGUCCUAAUUGAGUUUAUCCCAGUGUUCAGUAUCUGCUAUACUAUCUGCUUCUGAACAUGGUAACUUCAUGACCUUCACUUUUGCUACCAAGUUCGAAUAAGAGUUAUCCACCCGGC